AUGGAUUUCUCGCAGUUGAUUUUUGGCGCAGUGCUGCAGCCCGAGCCCGCACUCCAGAAGCAGGCCGAGGCACAGCUCAUGGGCCUGCUCAACGACAACCCCACCGCCUUCCUGGCGCAGAUGGCCAAGAUGCUCGCCGAGGAUCGCUUCGACUCGAGCAUGCGGCAGGCCGCCGGCACCAUCCUGAAGAGGUCCCUGCGGCUGCCCGAAAAGCAUUGGAGCAGGGUGCCGCCCGACAACCGCAACGAGAUCAAGGACCUGCUGCUGGGCAACCUGGUCACUAGCGACAAGCUGGCCAAGCGGGCGAGCGCGGACUGCAUUUCCUGCGUGCUGGCGCUGGAGCUGCCGGGCAACGAAUGGCCCACCCUCAUUCCCGUGCUCGCCAACAACACCGUCCACGAGAACGUCGAGAUCCGGCAGGCCUCGAUCAUGACGCUGGGAUUCGUGUGCGAGCAAGUGCGGGAGACAGGGGCCCCGAUGCAGCGGGCCGAGCAGGAAACAAUCCUGGCGGGCAUCUUCAAGGGCAUCACCAAGCAAAACCCCCCCGAGAUCCAGCACACCUCGCUCAAGGCCCUGCGGGACUCGGUGGCCUUCAUGCAGGAGCUGUUCAGGAUGCCGGGCAUCAAGAACCUGACCUUCAACACGAUCAACGAGCUGAUCAUGCGGGAGAGCGACCAGGAGAGCAAGGAGCUGUGCUUCCAGGUGCUGUUCGAGCUGGCCAAGCACUGCUACACCGCCCUCGAGGAGGACGUCGACACCAUCACCCAGCUCACCGCGCCCUUCAUGACCGACGGGGGCAGCUGCUCCCGCCUGCGCAAGGCGGCCAUCGAAGUGUGGGCAGUGCUGGCGGGCGAAUACAAAGAACUCAAGGAGGCGGGCACCCCUGCCGUCAACUACGCGGCGAAGCACGAGACGGAGAUGGUGCAGGUGAUGCUGAAGAACCUGCUGUUCUACGAGGACGAGGACGAAGACAUGAACGGGAUCAGCGACAGCGCCGAGCAGGCCCUGUGCUCGAUCGGGGAGCACUGCUCCGAGGCCGCGGUGGGCAUCGUGGUCAACUUCAUCUCGCAUACCCUCAACUCCGACAACCCGAAGAUGCGGCGGGCGGGGCUGCUGGCGUUCAUCACGGUGCUGGACAACGCCCACAAGGCCCACCUCCAGAAGCUGUGCAUGAGCGGGCUGGGCGAGUUCGUGGCCCGCCUGCAGGACGGCACGGUCUUCGUGCGCGAGGCCGCCGCCAAGACGAUCUCCAAGGUGGCCGAAAACUUCCCCGAGUGCUUUUUCGGGCGGAUGGAGCACUACGACGAGUUCGACCAGGUGCUGUUUUCGCUGAAGGACGAGGUGCGGGUGAUGCGGCACACGUGCUGGACCCUGUGCUACCUGGCGGAGGCGGCCCAGAAGCAGCCGUGCGCCAGGUUCAAGGACCGGACCAAGCGAAUGAUCGACCUGCUGCUGGAGAACGCGGCGCGGGGCGAGGAGGACGAGAAGGAGCGGCUGAUCAUCGACGUGUGCUUCAUGGCCAUCUUCAACCUCGUCUCCACCAUGGCCAGCGCCCCCCUCAGCGCAGAGUACGCCUUCUUCAUCCUCGGCCAGCUCAAGUCCGUUGUCAGCAAGCCCAUCAACGCCAAGCAGGAGGCCUACCUCUUCGGCAUGCUCACCUUCCUCCACUGCUGCCUCAUGCAGAUCCAGGUCGACUCCGUCUUCGUCUGUCCGCCCGAGCUGGUCAGUGCCGCCUACGCCACCGUCAUGCGCCUGUUCCAGGUGCUGCAGGACGUCAGUCCCGAGGGCAUGUACGUGGUCUCCUCGGUGGCAGCCAUCCUCAAGAGCGACUUCCUGAAGCUGCUGAACGAGUUCUGGCCGUACGUGGAGCACGCCCUGGCGCGGGGCAACGACCUGGAGCUGGUGAAGGGGGCUCUGGGGUUCGUAGGAGACGCGUGCCGCGCAGUGGGGGCGACGUUUGAGAGCAAGCUGCCGCCGCUGCUGAAGCUGAUGAACAACUUCAUCUGCAACGUGGAGUUCGACCGGGAGGGCAAGAUCACGGUGUUCCUGACAAUGGCGGACCUGGUGAUGAACCUGGGGGAGUGCCUGCUGCCCCACAUCACGCAGUUCUUCCAGACCUUCAACCUCGGCAUCUCUGCCUGCCUGGACUUCACCAUCAAGAAGCAGGAGCAGGACUACGUCAACACGCUCAAGGACGUCAUCCUCGAGAGCGAGAUGUGCGUGUUCCACGGGCUGCGCAAGACCACCGCCGCACAGAACGACGCCUUCGUCAAGCACCUCCACUACGUCAUCGAUUUCCUCAAGUUCGCGGGGCCGGCGUGCAGGGGCUCGCUGACCAGCCAGGAAGUCAAGAGCAUGCAGGCCUUCCUCACCAAGCUCAAGCCCGACAAGGACUCCCAGGACUGCCACAAUUACGUCAACCGCUACAUAUUCCACUUGCCCUGA